UAUCCUCCAGCCCAUCAUCACAUCAGCCUCCAGUCCUCUCUGCUGACAGCUCAAAGGCAGACCCUGCCAUUUGUUGCUCCUCAGUCUCCACGCUUCUUUGACUCUUGCAGCAACCCUCAGCCACCCUCUUCUCUUAAACUGCUGGGUUGCCUGGCUCACCGGCCCAGAGGAAAAUCAUGGUUGCCACCUGCUUGCACCUCACGGGAUUUGUGGCUAGCUUUGUCGGCUGGAUUAGCUUGAUUGUGGCAACCUCCACCAAUGACUGGGUCGUGACUUGCGGCUAUACCAUCACCACCUGCAGGAAGAUGGAUGAGCUGGGGUCCAAAGGGCUGUGGGCAGACUGUGUCAUGGCAACGGGCCUCUAUCACUGCAAGCCGCUGGUGGACAUCCUCAUAUUGCCAGGGUACGUCCAGGCAUGUCGGGCUCUGAUGAUUGCGGCCUCUGUUUUGGGACUGCCAGCUGUGUUCCUUCUUGUGACUGUCCUGCCUUGCAUCCGGAUGGGCAACGAACCUGGAGUGGCCAAGUACCGGCGUUCCCAGCUGGGAGGAAUCCUGCUAAUACUCUUGGCUCUGUGUGGCGUUGUGGCUACGAUUUGGUUCCCCGUGAGUGCUCACCGUGAAACCAUGAUCAUGAGCUUUGGAUAUUCCCUUUACACGGGCUGGAUUGGGUCCGCUCUUUGCCUUUUCGGCGGUUGCAUCAUCGUCUGCUGCUCGGGCGACGCGGAAACAUUUGGCCAGAACCGUUUCUACUAUGGGUCAGGAUCCAGCUCCCCAACCCACGCUAAAAGCGCCCAUGUAUAAAUGAUCCUGAGACUUCCUGCGCCUUUAUCACCAAAUGUUUCAAAACGGGUGGAUGGGUUUUCUUUGUGCUCCAGGUGUUGCGCUUGCUUGCAUCUUUGUGCAAAGGUUGACCACAUCCCUUGCAGAAGAUUCAAAGAAACA